AUGAAUGAUCAAUUAUUUAAUAUAUUUAGAAAGACUAUUAAUAAUAUAACUGUUAGAAAGAUUAUAUUUAGUUUUGUACAUCAUAUAAAUAAGAAUGAAAGUCCUGUAGGUCAAAGUGUAAAGUUGAACAAACUAUCUACCUAUGCUUUAGUUUACUAUGGAUAUUUAGAUGCAUUAGAUUCAACAUUUCAUCGAAAUCAGUUAGAUAGUGAUUUUACUGGACAAUAUAGUACAAUUGCUGUUCAAAGAGGACAUUACAAUAUUGUUAUCUCAGGAUUAUUCUCAAAUUUUAGUGGAAUGGAGUUGGGUUUCGCUGCAAAACAUCAAUAUUUAGAGAUAUUUUACUAUUUAAUUGAGAACCUAGAGAGGUAUCCAAUGAGUUUCGAAUUUGGUUUAAUGGGUGCUGUAGAGUCUGGAAAUCUGGAUAUUGUCAAGUUAGUUAUUGGACAGUUUAGAGAGAUACUCGGUGAGGAUUACUACCUUAUGAAAGAUGUCGAUAUUCAGAGAUCAAUAUGUCAUGCCUCCAAAGCCGGACAUUUGGAAAUAAUCAAAUAUCUAUUCGAACACCUAUCACCAUUCUCUCAUGGAAAAUCUAAUUACUACAAUGCCUUGGAUCAAGCUGCUGGCAAUGGAUAUUUAGAUAUUGUGAUGUUCUUAAAUGAAGAGCGUUCGCUGGCCAGUCAGGACGCGAUGAAUACCGCUGCAACUAAUGGACACCUCGGUGUUGUUGUGUUUUUACAUGAAAAUAGAAGUGAAGGAUGCAACUUUGAAGCAUUGAGAGGCUCCACCUCCAAUGGCCAUACCGACAUCGUAAAGUAUCUCCUAGCGAAUAGAAAAGAAGCUCAGGAUGACUGUCCCACUGCCCUAGAGAUAUCUGUCAUCAAAGGUCAUGCAGAAAUAGUUGACUAUCUGCUUGAUAAGAAUAAUAAUCUUGGUAUAGUCAGUGUCAGCGAAUCUUUGAUAGCAGAUGUUGCAUCCAGAGGACACUUGGAGGUAUUAAAGAUCAUGAAAAAACAUCUUAUUUCAUUACCAAUCUCUGAUCUCUGCCUUAAUUUCGCAUUGGAGAACAAUCGUUUGGACGUAGCAAAAUGGUUGUACCAACAGUUAAAAGAUUCAAAUAAUGAUUUCAAGAUCAAUAAAUAUACUCUACUAGCAGCAGUCACAAGUGAAUCGGUAGAAACUGUAAAGUGGGCCAAUGAAACCGUGGAUCAUCCAAUCGAUCCUUCCACAUGUGAAAUAUUAAAUACGGCAGUGGAACAUGGUUGCUUGGAAGUCAUUAAAUACCUCAUUGAGAAUAGUACACAUCAGUGUGAAGCAUACACCCUUGAAAAAGCAGCAACCACUGGGAGACUCAAUAUUCUAGAUUAUCUAAAAGAGCGUUACUUUGAGUACUACUCACUGGAAAUUUCUCCAGAGGCAAUGGAUUUGGUUGCUAAGCAUGGUCACCUGCAAGUGGUUCGUUGGCUUACCCUGAAUCGCACAGAGUCUUUUACAGAUAAAGCAAUGGAUCUCGCGGCGGCUAACAACCACCUGGAGAUUGUGAAAUUCCUACAUGAAAAUCGGAGUGAAGGAUGUACAACCGAUGCAAUUGACUUUUCAUUUUCCAAUAACCAUUACCAAGUUGUGGAAUUCCUCCUCUUGAACCGAACCGAAGGAUUUACCAAUGUCGCAAUCGAGAAUUUCGAACUAGAUCCCUCAUACAACAAAAAUAUUGAUCUCAAAAGUCUUAGAAAAUCAGAAAGAAAAAGUAACUACAAUAUAGAGAAAAAUGAUUGUAUAAUUAUCAUGUCAAAAAGAAGUUUAUCAUUUAAAGUUGUAGAUGAUCUAGGAGAUUGUGCACCAUGUGUGUUGAAUUUCCGUAGUGGAGCACCACCUGUUCACUACCUCAAUGAUAAAUCUACACACUUUAAAUCAUUGACCAAUGAAAAUAAGAAACAACGUGUAUUAAUAUCAAAUACAGACUCAAUCGAAUACGAAACAGAAUUCUCAACAUCAAACAAUAAACAACAAAAGAAUCAAAAGUAUGUAAAGAAUGAUAUCAGUAUAUCAAACAAAACUAAUCAUAAAACAACUAUUGUUAGACUUGUAAUUGGUAAAUAUAAUGAAAAAACAGGUAAAAUAGAUUUGAUUCCAAUUCCAGAUGUUUGUCAAGUGAAUCAAUCGAUCAUUGGAUAUGUCAAGAGAGAGGAAGAGAAUACAGAUGAAUUGUCAUUCUUGGACAAAUCUAAAUUGUUGUCGACCAGCUUUGGUUCUAAACUCUCCAAGAAGAUCAUUCACAAGAUCGAGUCUGAAGAUUUGGGUACACUCGACAGUGAGAAGACCAAACAGAUGGCCGACACUGCUAAAAACAAGAAUCUAACCGAUGUAGUCGAAGAGAAGAAUCAAGAUUUGCCUGUAUUCAAUUUGGAGGCUGUCGAUGCAAAGGAGAUCUACCCAAUCGAAGAGAUUAUGCCACAAGAAGUAUACUUUGCUAUUAACCCAGAGACAUUCAUUGGCUAUGCAAAGAAUGAUAAUGCACCAGAAGACUUACCAAACUAUAUCAAAAAGAGACUUACAAAUCUGCUCUACACCAAAAAGAGAAACGAUCAAGACGAAUUGGUCAAUAAUGACAAAGAUCAAGAUGACAUUGAGCACGAGAGUAAAAUUCUUACUUAUCUUUAUUAUCUUCAACUUUUGGCAGUAAAUAAGAGAUCACUCACCCUUGAAGAUGGUUUGAAGCAAUAUAAGGUUCCACAUGAUGUUAUUAAGCAUAUGUUGUAUCUGUUUUCUCAGCAACAAUCUAAAUUUAAACACAAGAUUGGUGAUGUGGAAUAUGCCAGACUUAUGAAUUAUGUUGUCAUUAUUUCACUACAUCUCGAGAACUUCUCUGUCAAAUCAGAGAUGGUAAAGUUAAUUGCUGAAGCAUUCAAGAUACCAGAUUAUAAACUUGAAAAGCAUUACUCAAGAGUUGGAUGUAACGUAAUUAGAGAUAAACAAUAUAGAGACUUCAAAUUGAAGGCACCAUUGAAAUUGCCAGAGGUACAUACAAAGGCACCAAAAGGAAAAAAGAAAUAA